AUGGCGACACCGACAGCAACCCCCAGCGAUACUGGGUUCAUGACAUCGGAUGGCCCUGGUUCAAGGACCCCGCGCGCGGGACGACUCCCCGGUUCUUCGAGCGGUAGACCGGCAGCACCACCCUCAGAAAGCAUCGGUGCGCUCAGCGAUGGCGAGGGCGAGGGGUUCGCCGACGACCAGGUUCCGGUGCGCGCCCGGCCAACAGACCCCACCAACAUCCCGAGGGUCGAGGACAAGAUCGGCCUCAUCAUCCAGGAGUCAUUCGAGGCCUUCAUUGAGGGGUACAUAGGAACCCCGAGCUCGUCCGCGCAGCCAACCUCGAGCGCCAUCACGACCGACAGAUACUACGUCGCCCAGAUCCACGGACUGCGCACCUACCAGCUAUCCACCUUCUACGUCGACUAUAGGCAUCUCGAGAGCUGGCACAACGGUGCGCUAGCGACAGGCAUCAUGGAGUCGUACUACCGCUUCUUACCCUUCCUCACCGCCGCGCUGCACAACAUGAUCGCCAAGUACGAGCCGCAGUACUUCCGCGAACACCGCCAGGCAACCGCCUCGAGCCAGCACACGUCGGGCACCAGCAACAUGGGAUCGUCGUCGGCGGGCCAGAGCGAGAUGGGCAGCAAGACGGCCAACCAACAGACCGACAAGCUGUUCGCCAUCGCCUUCUACCACCUCCCCCUCGUCUCCCGCGUGCGCGCCCUGCGCGCCCGGAAUAUCGGCCAGCUGCUCUCCAUUAGCGGGACCGUCACCCGCACGUCCGAGGUGCGCCCGGAGCUGGCGCUGGCUACCUUCAUCUGCGAAGCGUGCAGUAGCGUGGUGCCCGACGUCGAGCAGACCUUCCGCUAUACCGAACCGACGCAGUGCCCGAACGCGACCUGUCAAAACCGGGUGGCAUGGCGGUUGGACAUCCGGCAGAGCACUUUUGUCGACUGGCAAAAGGUGCGGGUGCAGGAGAACAGCGGCGAGAUCCCCACGGGCAGCAUGCCGCGCACCAUGGACGUCAUCCUGCGCGGCGAGAUGGUGGAUCGCGCCAAGGCGGGGGAGAAGUGCAUCUUCACGGGCGCCUUGAUCGUGGUGCCGGAUGUCAGUCAGCUCGGCCUUCCCGGCCUGCGGCGAGUGGCUGUUCGCGACGACCGCGGGGCCGAGGCGGGAGGUAGCGGAGUGAGCGGCCUCAAGUCCCUGGGCGUGCGGGACCUCACCUAUCGCCUCGCUUUCCUUGCUUGCAUGGUGAGCUCGGACGUGUCUUCGAUCGGCGCGUCGGGCGAUUCGCAGGUCGUGGACGUGGUCGGCGCCAUGACGGGGAGCAACAGCCUCGAGACGGCCGAGACGGUCAAGGAGCUGCAGGACGCCGUGCUCGCAUCGUACACCGCAGAGGAGAUCGCAGACCUCCGCGCCAUGGUGCACAGCGACCACAUCUACGGCCGCCUGGUGCAGUCACUGGCGCCCAUGGUCUACGGCCACGAGAUCGUCAAGAAGGGCAUCCUCUUGCAGUUGCUCUCGGGUGUAAGCAAGACCACGCCCGAGGGCAUGCAGCUCCGCGGCGACAUCAACAUCUGCAUUGUUGGCGACCCGUCGACGUCAAAAUCCCAAUUCCUCAAAUACGUCUGUAACUUUGCCCCGCGCGCCGUCUACACCUCGGGCAAGGCCUCCUCAGCUGCCGGUCUGACAGCUGCCGUGGUCAAGGACGAAGAGACGGGCGAGUUCACCAUCGAGGCCGGCGCGCUGAUGCUGGCCGACAACGGUGUCUGCUGCAUCGACGAGUUCGACAAGAUGGACAUCGCCGACCAGGUGGCCAUCCACGAGGCCAUGGAACAGCAAACCAUCUCAAUCGCCAAGGCGGGCAUCCAAGCCACGCUCAACGCGCGCACCUCGAUCCUCGCUGCCGCCAACCCGGUCGGCGGGCGCUACAACCGCAAGACCACCCUCCGCGCCAACAUCAAUAUGUCGGCCCCCAUCAUGUCCCGCUUCGACCUCUUCUUCGUCAUCCUCGACGAGUGCAACGAGCAGGUCGACCGCCACCUGGCCGAGCACAUCGUCGGCAUCCACCAGAACCGCGACGCCGCCGUCACCCCGGAGUUCUCGACCGAGCAGAUCCAGCGCUACAUCCGCUUCGCCCGCACCUUCCGCCCGGAAUUCACCCCGGAGGCCAAAGAAGUCCUCGUUCAGCGCUACAAGGACCUGCGCGCCGACGACGCCCAAGGCGGCGUCGGCCGCAACAGCUACCGCAUCACCGUCCGCCAGCUCGAGAGCAUGAUCCGCCUGUCCGAGGCCAUUGCCAAGGCGAACUGUGUCGAGGAUAUUACGGCCGACUUUGUCAAUGAGGCGUUUCAUUUGCUGCGGCAGAGUAUCAUUUCCGUGGAGCAUGAUGAUGUGGAGGUGGAUGAGGAUGAGGAGGGGGUUGAGGGCGGCGGGGAUGUGCAGAUGGAGGAUGGGGAGACGCUGAGGCAGGCUGCCGACGCGGCGGCUGGGAGUGCUGCUCCUGGGGGUGCGGAUGGGGAUGGGGAUGAGCCGAUGGAGGAGGAUGGUGGUGCGGAUAGGCAGGCGUCGGCUGCGCCGUCUGCGGCGACCGCGGCUACGGCUACGGCUGCUGUGAGGGAGAAGCAGACGGUGUCGUAUGAUAAGUAUAUCGGGAUUGUUAAUAUGCUGGUAUCUAAGGUGGCCGAGGACGAGUCGUCGGGGAGUGGGGAGGGCAUGGAGGGCGAUGCGCUGGUGGAGUGGUAUUUGGAGCAGAAGGAGGAGGAGUUGCAAGGAGAGGAGGACUAUAACACGGAGAUGGCGCUGGCGAGGAAGGUGUUGAAGAAGAUGGUCAAGGACAAUAUCCUCAUGGCGAUUCGCGGGCAGGGCAUGGCGGAUGGGGACGAUGCGGGCGAGGGGAGCUCGGCCCAGGCGGCACAGAUUGUGUAUGUGUUGCACCCGAACUGUGCGGUAGAAGAGUUUUAA